AUGGGUCAGUGGAACACUUACCUGGAGGAAACACUCAAGAAUGUCACAGACUACAUUACCAAUGUUGUUUGCAAACGCGCAGAACUUGGUUACAACUAUGGAGUUGUCCUAAUACCGGAAGGCUUGAUUGAUUUCAUCCCAGAGAUUCAAAAACUCAUUGCAGAAUUGAAUGAAAUUUUGGCACAUGACGUUGUUGACGAGGCAGGGGCUUGGAAAAGCAAGCUUGAACCAGCAUCUAGGGAGUUGUUUCACUUCUUGCCCAAAGCCAUUCAGGAGCAGCUUUUGCUUGAAAGAGAUCCCCAUGGCAAUGUUCAGGUUGCGAAAAUUGAAACUGAGAAAAUGCUCAUUGCCAUGGUUGAAACUGAAUUGGAGAAGAGAAGAGCGGCGGGGAAGUACUCUGCACAUUUCAGAGGCCAGUCUCUAGAUGCUGGUUGUGCUUCAGUUCUAGCAACCAUUUUGCAUCGAUCAAUAUUGUAA